AUGUAAACAAAAUCUUGUUUCUAAAAAAUUUACAAAAAAGUAAAUCCAAAAAGGAAAAUUAACCUUUUUAAUAUUAAAUGGCAUUAAAAAAACAUUUCUGUGAUGUGUAAUAACCUUUAAGAGCUCAUAGUGUACUAAUAGUAGAAACCAUCAAAUCGCGUUACGCGAAAACCACCAUCGUUUCAAUUAAGUGAAGAAAGAAACCGUAUUGCAAAAGAUAAAAGCAUAAACUAUAGGACUUCAUUUGCUCAACAAAGUUUUGAUCUUAUUUUCCUCUUAACAAAAAUUUUAAUAAUUUUCCUCGAAACAAAACGAGGAGAAAUGCGUGAAUUCAAAGUUGUGGUGCUUGGAUCGGGUGGUGUGGGAAAAUCGGCCUUAACUGUACAGUUCGUCUCAGGAUGUUUCAUCGAAAAAUAUGACCCCACAAUUGAAGAUUUUUAUCGGAAGGAAAUCGAAGUUGAUAACUCACCUUGCGUUCUGGAGAUAUUGGACACAGCUGGCACUGAACAAUUCGCCUCCAUGCGCGAUCUUUACAUCAAAAAUGGUCACGGCUUCAUUGUCAUGUAUUCGCUCACAAAUCAUCAGACAUUUCAAGAUAUCACGACGAUGCGUAAUGUCAUUAGUCGAGUGAAGGGCAGUCAGCCAGUUCCAAUUCUUCUAGUCGCCAACAAACUCGAUUUAGAAUGCCAAAGAGAAGUUUCCACUGAAGAAGGUCAUGCACUAGCCGAGAUGUGGGGUUGUCCAUUCAUUGAAGCAUCUGCCAAGAGUCGUAUUAAUGUGAAUGAAGUGUUUUCUAUAAUUGUCCGCGAAAUGAACACAUCAACUGAGAAACGAAACAAGAAAAACCGAUAUUGCUGUUGCACGAUAUUAUAGGACAAACCAUGCUUCACCGAUCCAAUUCAAAAAAUGAAACUUCUACAAUUUUAGAUAAUAAGUAUUGAAAAAAUGUGGAGGAGAAAAGUUGAAUUUUCCUACAAAUUUUAAGUGAAUAUCUCGUCCUCUUAAAGAACACGGAAUCCUUAAGCCCUGCCCUGACUUAUUCUAAUUCCAUUCGCAAUCUUGAGUGAGAUUCCAAUCAAUUAGUAUCAAUUUAAAUAAUUAUUUUAUCGCAUUUUUCCCUUCAAGCACUUUCCUUCUAAUAAUUAUAACAAUAUCAAAAUGGUUGAAGGUUGUCAAAGGUUCCAGUGGCCUACGAGGCCAGUUGUGAUGUAAAAGAAAUUCAAAAUCGCCAUCAAUCAUAUCGAGAGGAAUUAUAAACUAUUUUUAGACUGUAAUUUACCUUUAGACUAUCAUCAAAUUCCUAUCUUAAUAAGUUCUGCUUUCUUUCCUUUUUUUGUCUAUGUCAUGAAAGAAAAAGCAAACUCUACAAAUGGUUAAUUAAAUUCACCCCCAAUCAUUUUCAUUCUGUAUUUUUUCGAAGGUCGUGGAUGUUUUUACAUGAUGAAAAAAUGAUGAAACAUUAAUAUUUGAUAAGGAAGAAAGUUUAGCUUUACUUUUACCAAAAGAAAAAAAAAAUGAUAAGAAAAUGUGGAAAUUUAGGUAAAAAUAGUAGAUAAAUUCUUUUGUAGAUGAAACUAAAACAUCAAUAAUUCAUUUCAACUCAUGCAAUAUAAUUUUUUACAUUUGUUUUUAUUAUGAUUUGAUGAUGUGCAGGAAAUUAAUGUCAUAAAGAUUAUCAUAGUUUCUGUAAUCUUUCAGCUCAAUGAAGCAGUGACAAGUAAAGAGUUUUGUGUAUAUUUUUUAUUUUAUUUUAAUAAACUAAAUUCUACAUUAUGAGAAAA